AAGUAGCGGGCGUCGAGCAUAGAGGGGGAGAUUGGAACACCGACGAAACCCUAGCAACAGAAGCUCUCCCAGUUUGCGGGAGCAAGUUAUCGAUCGUUGGCUUUCUUCCAUCCGCCCCAGAAAAGAUGGUCAGUGCUAGCUGUUUGUUCGACUUGUGUUCAGUUUUGAUAGUUAUUGGAGUUCUCCUCCAAAAUAAGCUAGGAAUAGGGCGCCGGGACAAAGUUCAGCAGUUUAUGACCAUAACUGGGGCAAGUGAGAAAGUUGCUCUUCAGGCUCUGAAGGUCAGUGAUUGGAAUCUUGAAGGAGCAUUUGAUGUAUUUUACAGCCAGUCACAAGUCAAGUCAUCUGCUGAUACAAGGCGGUUGGAGGAGCUUUACAAUAGAUACAAAGACCUGUAUGCUGACAUGAUUUUGGCUGAUGGGAUUAGCCUCCUCUGCAAUGACAUGCAGGUUGAUCCUCAAGAUAUAGUUAUGUUGGUUCUUUCAUGGCACAUGAAAGCUGCAACCAUGUGUGAAUUCUCCAAGCAGGAGUUCAUUGGUGGAUUACAAUCUCUCGGAAUAGAUUCAUUGGAAAAGCUCAGAGAGAAAUUGCCAUUUAUGCGAUCAGAGAUGAAAGAUGAACAUAAAUUCCGUGAGAUUUACAACUUUGCUUUCAGCUGGGCAAAGGAGAAGGGUCAGAAAUCUUUGGCCUUGGACACGGCUAUUGGGAUGUGGCAAUUGCUGUUUGCUGAAAAGGAGUGGCCAUUGGUUGAGCAUUGGUGUCAGUUUUUGCAGGCAAGGCAUAACAAGGCUAUUUCACGGGAUACUUGGUCUCAGCUCCUGGAAUUUGCAAGGAAUGUGGACCCUGCAUUAUCAAAUUAUGAUGCUGAAGGAGCUUGGCCAUAUCUUAUAGAUGAAUUUGUUGAGUACUUGACUGAAAAUAGUAUUGUCCAAAUUGGUCAAAUGAGUGAUUGGAGCCAGAAAUGCUGAUGGUUUUCCCCAGUUGCUACUGUGCUGUGUAAUGUUAUUGUUUGUUGUUUGAACUGUUUACAGUUUUCAUGAACAAAUUCAUGUACAAAAUACGCGAGGAAAUGCCUACUCUAAAUGCAAAGUUAUUGUUGACUUGA